AUGGCUCAUCUGGAUUAUCUCCUAAUUGGCUUAUCCACUCCCUUCCUCCAUAAAAGGGGAAUCACUGGUGGAAGUCACUGCAUUUUCCAACAAGCCACAGGCAGUCUGCAUCUCAGGAGUGGGUCAGCAGGCAGCUCUGCAGCCAUGGGGGAACCCGCAUCAGUGUGCAUCGCAAACCAGCCUUUUCUGGGAAAACUCAAAAGGAACAUGAUAUCCCCGACUUCAGCCAAGAAGACACAACUCCUUUCAUCCAAGACCAAGCGGCAACGUCGUCGAGAAAGGUCUGCACUUCCUAUGAGGCUGACCAACUGCAUUUUCAAGAAGCCAGUUACCAGGGUCACUUCCCAUCCCGGCAAUGUGGUCAGGAGCAGGCGACAGGGGGAGCCCUGGGAGAGGCCCCGGCAAGUCUGUGCGUUCAGGAGGCUGCAGGGACUCCAGCCCUGCAGCAGGGAGGGAGAACUUCUAAGUACUUUGGAUGUCACAAAUACCAUGAAAAUAAUUGCACCAGAAAGCGCAGGCGAAUCCCUGGGCUGUGCUGGUCCUGGGUCUCUACACACCAGCCUGGAGCCCACCACAGCACAAUUUUUAGGUUGGGCAGAGAUGAUCCCAGGAGGUCUGUGUGUCCCACAGCUUCUCUGCAGGCAACCAGUUACCCGUGGAGACAUCCAGAGACAGACUCUGAAAGUGAAAAAAGCAAGAGAGAGGCUGGCUGUGGCCUUGAGGGCAGACAGGCUGGCCAGGGAGGCAGAGAGAGCCAGGAGCCAAGAAGGGUGUUGUGAAAACUGA